GGCCCGGGGAGCCAGACCCGGGAGAGAAGGGGAUUUCCAAAGAAAAGAUAGAAAGAAAAAGAAAAGUUUUUUUUUUUUUUCCAUUUUGCAAACCAACUCACCCCCCCUCGAAACCCGUUUGCACCGAUUUAGGUGUGAGGGAGGGAAGGAGAGAGAGAGAGAAGGUGGCAGAGACGGGCGGAGGAGAGCACGGAGACGGAGGUGGAGGUGGUAGUGGCCGUGCCAAUCGUCAACCUUCCGUGAGAUGCCCUAAGCCCCGUGGCGGCCGGUGAGGUGAGGGUGCCCCCGUCCCCACCGGCCCCCCACCUUCAGUCCCUCUCGCCCGUUGGGCGGGCGGCGGGCCCGGGCUCGGAGCGGGCCUCAUGGCGUCGGGCCGGAUCGAAGUGGAGUGCAAGUUCGUGCCAGGGCCGGGCACCGAGGAGCGGCUGCGGGGCCUGGGCGGCACGUUGGCGCGGCGGACCUCCUUCAGCGACAGCUACUACGACACCGCCGAGCUGGCCCUGAUGCGGGCCGACCACUGGCUGCGGCGGAGGGAGGGCAGCGGCUGGGAGCUCAAGUGCCCCGGGCCGGGGGCCGCCCCGGGCCCCCACACCCGCUACGACGAGCUGACGGCCGAGCCCGCCAUCGCGGCCCGCCUGGGCCGGGUGCUGGGGGCCGGGCCUCGGGGGGCCGACCGCGUGGACGGCCUGCUGGGGCCCCUCGGCCUGCACGAGGUGGCCACUUUUGCCACCCAGAGGAGCUCCUGGAAGCUGAGGCCGGCCGAGGAGGAGGAGGACGAGGACGAGGAGGAGGCCGGCGGGCUGCUGACGGUGGAUCUGGACCGGGCCGACUUCGGCUACGCCGUGGGGGAAGUGGAGGCCCUGGUGCGGGAGGAGGCCCAGGUGCCGGGCGCCUUGGAGAGGAUCCGUCACUUCAGGCGCCUGCUUGGUGUGCCCGAGGUGGAACGCCCCCCUGCCAAGCUCCUGGUCUACCUGCAGCGCUUCCGACCUCAGGACUACCAGAGGCUCCUGGCCGCGGCCACCGGACAGCAGUGGGGGACGGUGGCGGCCCCCGAGGAAGGGCGUCCAACCGUGUGACAGGUGACUCGGGGGGCCGUGGGACCCUCCCGGGCCCCCUCGCCCCGGCCCGCCUCUUCUCCCUCUCCAGCCUCGCGCCCGGGCCCUCCGCCUCUCAUCCGUCAGAUGCAAUCUGCGGGCCGCCCCUCUCCCCCGGCCGCUAAGCAGCCUCCAUUGAUUUCCGCUCGUGUUUAUAGGAUUUCCACUUAGCCGUGAUCAGUAGUUAAGCGCAGGAAAAUCCCUCGCCGUCCCCCCAGCCCCGCUCCCCCCGAACCGGGUCGAUGCCAUCGAUUCCGCCGGCGGCUCCUAACCGCCUCACGGCUGAAGCGGAGGAGGGCAGGCGGGUGGGAGCGGGGAGAGGCCGAGUGCAGCAGGGAUUCCCCCGUCCCGGACUCCGACCGUAGUCUUCCCCAACCCGGGCUGCCGAAGGGAGGAGAGAGAGGGUCCGGGAAAGGAAAGAGCCGAAGGCCGGAGCGCGUGAAGGGGAUAGAGAGAGAGCGCGCUGUGGGGUGGACAGAGAACCGUGAGGGGAGAGAGAAAACGGUGAGAGGAAGCCUCAGACCAGGCCUAAACUGCUAGAGAAGCCGCCCGGCUCAGUGGAAGCGCUUAGUCCAGUGCUCUGCAUACAGUAAGCGCUCAAUAAAUACGACUGAUUGAUUGGAAAGACCCCAGAG